AUGGCUGAAUGCGUUGCGGUUGCGUUGCGGCUCAGAAUGUUGCGAUUUCAAGUCGCUUUAGAUCAGAUGCACAUUUAUUGUGACCGCGUCGUAGCCGCACUUGAAAUGGCUGAACGCGUUGCGGUUGCGUUGCGGCUCAGAAUGCUGCGAUUUUCAAGUCGCUUUAGAUCAGAUGCACAUUUAUUGUGACCACAAUUGGAAUAGCUGAACGCGUUGCGGUUGCGUUGCGGUCGCGUUGGGGUUCAGAAAGCUGCGAUUUCAAAUCGCUUUAGGUUGGACAUUGAUUGUGACCGCAUCGCAGUCGCAUUUGAAAUGACUGAACGCGUAGCGGCUGAAAUUUCCAAGUCGCUUCAGGUCGGAUGCACAUUCAUUCCGACCGCGUCACAGCCGCUACGCGUUGAGGCCGCAUUUGAAAUGACUUAA